UUGCAGAAGAAGAAGAAGAAAGCCAUGUCAGAGACUCAGUGCUGUGAGAACCCUCCGACACUGAGCUCCGCGAGUGUCGGAAUCGGAUGUGUCGCAGAGAUCGGAGGCUUGAAAGCUUACAUCACCGGCCCCCCUGAUUCCAAGCUCGCCGUCCUCCUCGUCUCCGACGUUUUCGGUUAUGAAGCACCAAAGCUGAGGAAGCUUGCAGACAAGGUGGCUUCUCAUGGAUUCUAUGUGGUAGUUCCAGACUUCUUCUUUGGAGAUCCCCAUGUACCUGACAAUCCCGAGAGGCCUAUUGCAGUCUGGAGACAAUCUCAUGGAACUGAUAAAGGAUUUGAAGAUGCCAUAAGAAUUGUUUCUGCACUGAGAAGUGAAGGUGUGUCUGCCAUUGGAGCUGCAGGAUUUUGCUGGGGUGCAAAGGUGGUUGUGGAACUAGGGAAGUCUGAUCACAUUCAAGCUGCAGUGCUGCUACACCCUUCACGAGUCACUGUGGAUGAUAUUAAGGAGGUCAAGGCUCCCAUUGCCGUAUUGGGCGCUGAGCACGACAAAAUGUCUCCACCAGAGCUUCUCAAGCAGUUUGAGGAGAUCUUAGCCGCCAAACCCGAUGUUGAUGGGUAUGUCAAGAUAUUUGCUGGGGUGGAGCAUGGUUGGACUGUGAGGUAUAAAGACGAAGAUGAAGCGGUGGUGAAGUCCGCUGAAGAAGCCCAUAAGGACAUGCUGGACUGGUUCACUAAGCACUUGAAGUGAAGAUGAACUUGGUCACCUCCUACUGCCUCUACACAUCCAAGGAAGAGAAUGACAAAGCACGAUCAUUUCUAGCAGUAGCGGCCUAUCAUCUGAUGGAAGUCGAUGCUGAUUAAGAAAAUGUAUUUCCCUACGCAGAUGUAAUUUAGCUUAGAAUAAACAGACCCUGGCCACUCUCUGGUACAUGGCAUGCAGUGCCGGGUUCAACUAAAACCUGAAUAUUUUCCUAGCAUGGAGUAACGGGAGCAUAUUAAUUUACAGGUUCCUGCAAUAUUUGCUUCAUGUCAAUAA